AUGCUCACGCGCCACACGCUCUUCCACCUCCCUCCUAUACUCCUCGGUGCCCUCGCAACACGCGCAUUUGCAGCCCCAGAUGGCGUUAUCGGCGACGACAAAGGCGAUGCAAGGCCUACAUACGCGACAGCUCUUACCGGCGGCGAGGGCUGCGACUUCUCCGACAUCGAAGACAUCCGCGACGGCUUCUCAGAAAUGACAAGUCUAUUCGCCGCCGCGACUCCCUUCGACCCCACAUCGCAGCCCGCACGGGAGUUCUUUCAGCCCUCGAUCAUCGCCAACUACACCGACAUGAUAGCCACGAACCUCCAACGAGCCGCAAACUACGGGGUCUUGGAAGGAGGAAUCGGCGCUGUAAAUUCCGACGUCCACAUACGCUGCGACGACCCUAUGAACCUCUGCGACAAGGGAAACAAACGCGAAGGCGACCACGCUGCCUACAACAUCGGCAACGAACCGCACAUAGUCUUCUGCCCGGACUACUUCCGUAUGGAUUCCCUCACAGGCCGCAUAAACAAGAAAGCAGACAAUCAGAUGGAAAAAGAUCGGCUAAUGGAAUACUACAACCGCGCCUCUCUUUGGGCAAGAAUGGUCAUGCACUUCUCCUCCGUCGGCACCGCAGUCGUCGAACGCCCCACCCCAGCACCCCCCAACUCCACUUCCGAAUGGCUCCUUGUCACAUCAGAAGGCGCAAUGAACACUUCCGUCCUCGCGGGCGUCCUCAACGAACAACCCGAAACCCCUACCGACUUUCAAACCCUCAAAUAUGCCUAUGGGGCCACGCGCUCGAAGUUGCUUGCCGUCCUCUCCACACAAAUGUCGUACGAUGCGGCGAAUAAUGCGGAGAACUAUGCCCUGUAUGCGUUGGCUCAGUACAUUAUCAAGAACAAGGGGUUUUAUCCUGCGGUUCCUAUCAUGGAUUUCCCGAACGAGGCGAGUGUGCUUACGAAUGAGAAUUUGCAGGAUGGGGAGAGGGUCAAGUAUGCGUAUUUUGACGCGGUAGAUGUUGUAGCGAGGCCGACGGGUAUGGAACUGAAGGGUGCGCCGUUGCCGAGUGCUGCGAGUGAGUUGAGGAGGGGUGGAGUUGUGCCGGCUAUGAUUGGAGUGUUGGCGAUUGGCGCUUCGUUGGUAUUAUUGUCGCCUUUUGGAUGA